AUUUGAUUGUUUCUGUAUUUUCUUGAUUCUGGCCCCUGCAACACAAUAUAUCACAAACCCUUAAACCCUUACCCACCUGCGCCGCAUAGGUUUGAUAUUGUUUUCAUUGGUUGAAGUCGAAGGUGAUGGAGAUGGAGAUUGAGGGUGAGAAACAGCACAAGUUCGAUGUGGACCUUGGUCAUCUCACGGCUUUUGACUCCAAUCAAACCUUCCCCUCUCAACCACCUCUUUCCAGGGAGGACCUCGUCAAACAGUGUUUACUGAAAGGCACUCACUUGGUUCAAACUAUCGCAGAUGCCCUCUUCACCUUACCAUCAACCGAAGAUGUAGAUGGCCCCCUAGUCAACUUGCCGCCGCCACUAACUAAAUUGCCAAGAGAAAAACACCUGCCAAAACCUAAGCCUCCUACUAAAUGGGAAGUUUUUGCCAAAAAGAAAGGCAUACAGAAUCGGAAGAAAGACAAGAUUGUGUACGAUGAACAAUCAGGAACCUGGAAACGCAGAUAUGGAUAUGAUCGUGCAAAUGAUGAAGAUGCUGUACCUAUCAUUGAGGCAAAAGAAACUGAUGAUCCAGAAGAGGAUCCUUUUGCCAAAAGAAAAGAAAAUAAGAAGAAAAGAAUUGAAAAACAAGAUAAAAAUCGACUACAGAACUUGAAAGAAGCUGCUAAGUUUGGUGCCUUACCAAGCCAUGUUCAGUUGGCAGCCACAGCUUUGCCUAUAACCGGAACUCAGGCAGCACCAAAGAAAGUUACAAAGGAUGAACUAGGUAAUGUAGCAGGAAUUGCAGCAACUGCAACAGCCAGUGGUGGGAAAUUUGACAAGAAAUUGCCUGGUGAAAAGCCUGCAAAACAUAAAGGAAAAUAUCGUAAGUUCCUGCCAGUGGUGGAAGGAACUGGGAUAGGAUCACAAGAGAGGGAGCAAACUGAAAAAAUAUUGAACAAGAUCAUCUCCAGGAAUUCUCAUAACAUAUUGAAUGUUGAAAAGGCCGUCACAAUGCACACCGUGAAGAAAGAAAAGAAGCGAAGGAUGGAGAAAGCGAAGGCUUCACCAGCUGACAAGAAAUUGAAAACCGAGAAAAAGUCUUUUAAAAAGGGAAAUUUCAAGAAAGGCAAGGCGAAAGGGAAAUAGUUUAGAUUUUAUUAAAACAAGUUUUGUAGAGUUAUUGGAAACUCUUGUUCACUGGUUUCAAGUUUUGUAGACUAAUGUCAUCAAUUGAUAUUCUCUUUAUUUACCAUCUAUAUAAAAUUAAAUUACA